UUUUAUUUUGAAACGUUCUCCCGGGAGUGUCCGUGUGUCUCUCGGAAGGUUCGUUCCUCUGAGAAACAGAUAUGCGGACAGUCGUCACGAGCAGAAGAUUGAUCAUCGAUUAGUAUUUGUAUUAUUGAACCCACACAAACGCAAUCAUGGCGAACGAGUCAGUUGGUGUGCUAUUCAAGCUGUACUGCUUGACUGUGAUGACUCUGAUUGCUGCCACAUACACCGUGGCUCUGAGGUACACCAGGACCGUGACCUCUGACCUCUACUUCUCCACCACUGCAGUGUGCAUCACUGAGGUCAUCAAACUGCUGCUCAGUCUGGUGAUGCUGCUCAGGGAAGCAGGUGACCUGGGCAGGUGUAAAACAGUGCUGGUCAACCACAUUUUCAGAAGUCCAAAGGAACUGCUCAAGCUGAGUGUACCAUCUGUGGUAUAUGCCAUCCAGAACAACAUGGCCUUCAUAGCCUUGAGCAACCUGGACGCUGCUGUCUAUCAGGUGACGUAUCAGUUAAAGAUCCCCUGUACAGCUCUGUGUACAGUGCUGAUGCUGAACCGUUCUCUAAGCAGACUGCAGUGGUUCUCAGUCUUCAUGCUGUGUGGAGGAGUGACACUGGUGCAGUGGACACCACCAGAAUCCACUAAAGUUCAGGUGGAGCAGAACCCGUUCCUGGGCUUUGUGGCGAUUGCCAUCGCGGUUCUUUGCUCUGGGUUUGCAGGUGUGUAUUUUGAGAAGGUUCUGAAGAGUUCGGACACAUCUCUGUGGGUCAGAAACAUUCAGAUGUACCUGUCAGGUAUACUGGUGACCCUCAUAGGUGUUUACAUGACAGACGGGACCAAAGUGUUGGAGAAAGGCUUCUUCUACGGAUACACAUCUUGGGUCUGCUUUGUAAUCUUUUUGGCGAGUGUGGGAGGAUUGUACACGUCAGUGGUGGUGAAAUACACUGAUAACAUCAUGAAGGGCUUCUCUGCAGCCGCUGCUAUCGUGCUGUCCACCGUGGCCUCUGUCAUUCUCUUCGGCCUGCAGAUCACUACGACUUUCAUCACAGGAGGCAUGUUGGUGUGUGUGUCCAUUUACCUGUACGGUCUGCCGAAACAAGACACCACCAAAGUGCAGAAAGCUGAUGCAGACACCACAAAACAGAAACUCCUUGCAAUCUGACCAGCGAAUCAUGGGAAACAGAGACUGAUGAGCUGCCAGCGUCGGCACUUGCCAAGCGCCUGAGCGACUCCAGUAUUCAUGCUCCGAGUUUACAUCUUUGAACUAGACGCAAACAGAUGAUCGCUCGUCACUGUUGGCCAUUAAGCGCUAACACUAGACCACACAGAGGGGAGGGGUAUGGGUAGUUUUUUUUUUUUAAUCUGUCAUUCUUUAUCUCUGUAACACUCUUAAUGCCAAAACGAAUACUGGAUGUACAUAUGAGACCCAAUUGCAUAUCUUGUUUAUCUUUUAUUUUUUCAAUUGUUCUUAAUUAUUUACAUGAGGUGAACGUUAAGACAAUCCUACGCAUCUGGGGAGCCAUGCUUGUAAAAUAACUUCCAUUUAAUUACAAUGCAAUGCAAAAGAUGGCUCCCCAAGGUUAGUGUACACCUCUUUAUUGAGGACAGUCUCUGUAUGGUGCAUUGACAUUGCAUCCGCUGACAUGAUUAAAUGUAUAUUUAUAGUGGACACUUUCUGAAUUUGAAAGUUGUGUUAAUUCAAGGUCUCUGCAGUUAAACAACAGAAUGAUGAAGCUUCUCAACUGGCAGGUCACUGAUCAGAGGUCUGUCUCAUGAAGACUGUUUGGGUGGCUACCCUGUGAACUUUUAAGUUUUCAGUCUCAAGGCGCCAGGUUGGUUUUUUAAACUUUGGUGUAGCAGCUGUUUUUUCUCUUACUGUGUAAAUGUUAAAAUUUUCAUAAUGUUCUCUUGAUCUUCAGUUGAGGUGUAAAUCACACAGAAUGUUAUGCGAGAACUCUCUCUGAGCUUCACAUUCUGGCUGUUGGUAUCAAAUGUUGAAUUCAUGUGCGUUCAGGGUUAAUCAUGAACUCUGAUGUUUAUAGUGAGUGUCUUGAGGUCACUGAACCUCAUCUAAACCGGGUUGGUUCGAUUUGAUUUUGUCAACCUGAAACUUUACUUUGAGGCUCUGGGUUUGUUCAACAGGCCUCAGUUGUGAUUGCAGACAGCAGUGACAAAUGCAGAUUAUAAAAAGCUACUAACCAUCUAAUCUUGCAUUGUAAAGAUACAGUCAAUUAAAAAGGCUAAUAAACUUUUAAAGGGAAGGAAAAAUGCAAUUUUUUUGUGUAGUUGACGUCAAUGUCUGUGUCCAAUCAAAGUCUAUGACAAAAAAUCAUUUUAAUAUGGUUUGAAUCAAAGAUAAACCUGGUUUGUGUUGACUGCAAUGAGUUUGAUUAGUGGCUUGAAAGUGAAGUGAAGGGUUAUAUGAAGGUAUGCUCUGCCAUACUAACCUGACUGUUAGUGAGGGCA